AUGCCACCGAAAAAAGAAGAAAGAAGGCCACUUGAACCAAUCUUUUCAUAAAGCAACUUUCCUUUCUAUUAGUAUCAAACAUACUAGCAAGACAAUCUGGAUUAGGUGUCACAAUUUUUAACCUACUUCAAACCAGAACUAACUUAAAUGAUGAAAAAUAACAUUCAGGACAAUAUGCAGAUAUUAUGUUAGUCUAUUGGAAUCAAUCUUCAUCCAACAUUUGUUAAAGUUAUUCAAAGUUUGGAUAUCAAUGACUUUGAUGAAAACAAAAAGUUCAAGAAUCCAGAAGAAUAUGAAAAUGAUCAAACUUCUUAGGUUGUUUUUUUCAAUUCUGUGAAAGUUGAUAUAAUAACCUUAAAAUUACUUGAAUUUUGUUUAUAUUAAGGUGGAAUUUAGGCUCUAAAAUUUUGCAAUAAUGAUUUAGGAUAAUCUGAAUAUUCAAUUAUUUCACAAAUAAUAAGUAAUUCUGAAUGUAAAAUUAAAAAAUUGUAUAUUGAUUGGUAACUAAUUUAACCAUAACUCUUGUAAUCAAAUUAUUUAUUAGAGUAAUUAUAUUUGAGAUCUUGCUAAAUAAAGUUACCUUUUAUCGAAACAUUGUGCUAAAAUAUGAGGAAUCUAAAAGUGUUAGAUUUAUAUGAUAAUUAAUUAUCAAAAGAGGGAUUAAAUCUAAUUGGAACAUCUCUUAAGGAUAACACAUUUUUAGAAUAAUUGGGAUUAGCAAAGAAUUCUAUAAACUCAUUUGAGCAGUUAUCAGAGAUUUUGCAAAAUGUUGGCAAAUUUUUAAUGACUUAAGAAGAAUAUGAUGAAUAUAGAAUAAAAGAAAAAGAAAGGGAUUUAGUUAUAGAAAGGAAUAAGAAAGUAAAAAAGAAAGGAACUGAAGAUGUUGUUCCAGUUUUAGAAUCAAUUUAGCAACUCGAUAAUAAUUGGUAUAUUAUAAGAAAUUAAAAGUUAUCAUUGUUAAAUUUAUCUUUAAAUUGUAUUGAUGAGAAUUCUAUUGUGUAAAUUGAAAAAUUCUUGAACCAAACAUUUGAAGGGUUUUAAUUAGUGUUAACAAAUAAUAAAUUUGAGGAUCAGAAGGCGUUGUAAAGAUUAAAAAAGAAAUACAAUAAAAAAUUAAUGAUAUGA